AUGUCAACUUACAAUAACUCAAAUUCAGUCUUCCAAGAGCAUGCUGCUCUCGUUAAGGAAUUUCAGCAGCAUAUUAAAAAACUAAAAGACUUAACUGGGCAGCUUGGAACUGCUAAGGAUAACCAAAAACUUCACGCUUCGAUUACUCAAGAACGAGAAUUUUCAAUCAAACUCUGUAAACAGAUCAUUCAAUCUUUUAAAGAGAAGCAACCAUCAAGAGCAGAAAAAAUUCAGCAUGAUAACCUUACAAAACAAUUCGAGGCUUUAUCCAAGCAAUUCCAAAGCCUCUGCCAAAUGUCACUGGAGGGAUACAUUGCAAAAAUGAUGCAAAAACUGUGAAAAUGCAAAAAAUUAAAAAAAUAUUUGCAAAUUAUAUUUAAUUUUUGCCUUUUGCUCUUUUUUGCAUGAGUUUUGCAAAAAAGCAUUUGAUUUUGCAUUUUUGCGGUUUUUGCACCACUUCUCCGUCGCUGGAGAAACAAAAAACAUAUGUGGAAGAUGAAAAAAUGACACAGGCUGGAAAUGAGCCAGAAGAACUAGAAGAGUCAUUUAAAAGUGUAGGAGGGCUAGAUGAAGCACUGCUAAAGGACAGAUUUGAAGAAGUUCAACAGCUGGAAAAGGAUAUGAUCACUGUUAAUGCAAUGUUUAAAGAUGUAAGCAAUAUGGUUGUAGAGCAAGGAGGUAUGCUAGAUUCUGCUGAAAACAAUGUAGAAGUAGCUGUAAAAGAAACUGGAAGAGCUGUUGUUGAGCUUAAUAAAGCCGAAGUAUAUCAAAAAAAAAGUAAAGGAAAGCUGUUUUGUAUUUUGGGGAUUGUGAUAGUGGUAGUUUUGGUUUUAGUUGCAGCAGUAGUUAUACCUGUAGUGAUGACUUAA